AUGUUUACGCGACGUAUCUCACGCAGCUCUUUUACGAGCCAGCCUCUCCGAGCCUUUACAACUACAUCUACCAGCCUCUCUCACGCUCCAGCCCUAGCAAAUAUUACCCCCCAAGGAGUUGCCUCAUUCGAUGCAAAGCAGAAAGAAUUUCGAGAAAGAAUCGCAGAACAACAUCGUAAGAAAGAAGCUGCAAGUGAGUCUAAACCUUCCUCCUCAAUUCAAAAAUCUGCUUCGGCAGACCAUGCACUAAGUGGAGCAGAACAUACAAACGGAAGUGGCGAGAAGAAGGGAAAGCUGAGUAGCUUGAUAUAUGGUACCCCCGAAGGUCGGGAAAUGGAAAAGGAGAUUGAACAGAGUUUCAGUCAAGUUCUGGCGAGAGGUAAAUAUGUACAUUCGAUUGUAUUCCAUGAGGUAAAGCCAGACAAGGUUGAUGAGUAUGUCGAAUUGGUUGGCAAGUGGUAUCCAAAGAUGGCGGGAAUGGAAGAGAAUAAAGUACAUUUGGUUGGAAGCUGGAGAACAGAGGUUGGCGAUUGUGAUACAUUUGUUCACAUUUGGGAGUACCAACGAUAUCACGGUUACCACGACUCUCUGCACAGUAUUGCCUCACAUCCCGAUUUCCAUGAGUUCGACAAGAAACUCAAGUCCCUGAUUACCAAGAAGAACGUAUCUCUCAUGCAAGAGUUUUCCUUCUGGCCUACCACUUCCCCCCGUCAACUUGGUGGACUCUUUGAAUUGCGCUCUUACACAUUGCACCCAGGUAAUCUCUUAGAGUGGGAGACACACUGGCGCCGUGGUCUCAAGGCUCGCAGAGAAGUCAUGGAAGGUGUUGGAGCCUGGUUUGUGCAGAUCGGGGAACUAAAUACUGUGCAUCAUUUGUGGCAAUUUGCCGAUCUGGAGGAGAGAAAGAAGAGAAGAGAGCAAAGUUGGGAGAUUGAGGGUUGGGGAGAUACAGUUCAUAAGACUGUACCACUCAUUCAGAAUAUGAAGAGUCGAGUGCUAAUCCCUAUGGUUUGGAGUCCGGUUGCUUGA